UAGUUUAUUAGAACGUGACAUAGAGAUAAUGGAAGUCCAUCGAGGAAAGAAAAUAUUUUCGAUCUUGACCCUCGUUUAACUGAUAUCGAUAUCGUCCACGUAUAUAUAUGCAACUGCUUUUACCCGGGUGUUCACAGUUCGAGCAAGGAAGCUGAUUGUGAUCGUUGCACAGUUUCACUCCAAGUGCAAUCAGUGAGAAAAGUGAAGGCGCAACGUGGACAUAUCCCGCGAUACACCUACAUUCUGCAACUGAUGCUGGCCCUCAAGAAUCUCGUUUGGCGGCGCAACCUCGUCUUGAAUAUCUCGACGAUGGCGCAACUCAAGGUGGCUAUCAUCGGACAAAGUCCAUUCGCGGCGGAAGUCUACAAACUUUUACGACAGAAUGGACAUCAGGUGACCGGAGUGUUUACGAUUCCGGAUAAAGGAAACCGCGAGGAUCCUCUAGCUACUACUGCCAAGGCUGAUAACACGCCGGUCUUCAAGAUCAAGGCUUGGAGGAGCAAGGGAGUGACCUUGCCGGAAAUCCUGGAGCUAUACAAGGGCAUCGAGGUGGAUCUCAAUGUCCUUCCCUUCUGCAGUCAGUACAUCCCCAUGGAAGUCAUUAAUCAUCCUCGUCACCGAAGCAUAUGUUAUCAUCCGUCCUUAUUACCCAGACACAGAGGCGCGAGCGCUAUAAGCUGGACUUUGAUUCAAGGAGAUAAAACCGCAGGAUUUUCGAUUUUCUGGGCGGACGAUGGCUUGGAUACUGGGCCAAUUCUCCUCCAAGAAUCCUGCAAAGUGGAGCCGAAUGAUACGGUGGACAGUUUGUACAAUAAUUUCCUCUAUCCGGAGGGUAUCAAAGCCAUGGGUGAUGCCGUGAACCUCGUCGCCAAAGGGACUGCGCCUAUGGUGCCACAACCAGCGGAGGGUGCGACUUACGAUCCCUUGCUGAACAAGAAAGAACUCCAGAAGAUCGACUGGACAAAGCCGGCGAAGGAACUUCACGAUUUUAUUCGUGGUCUGGACAGUACACCGGGAGCUUGGACGACGCUGGAUGGCGAGGAAGUGCGACUCUUCGGAUCAUCUUUGUGGAGCGAUAAGCAACCAGAAGUCGAGAAGACGGUCAAUCUCGAGGAGCGAAAAGGAAUCGUUCAUCAGAGAGGUUUGCUGAUCAAAGCUGUUGACGGACAAUUCAUUAAUGUGGAGAGAAUCAAAACUGGAACCAAGACCAUUCAUGCCAGCAAAUAUGGGCAGGUUAACGAUAGCCAGGUUGUGGAGUUUACGGAAGAAGAGUUAAAUAUCACCAACAGCCUGCGUCAAAUUUGGACAGAUAUACUCAGAAUUGAUGUCGACGAAGAUACAGAUUUCUUUGUUUCCGGUGGAGGCAGCAUGGACGUGGUACGACUAGUCGAGGAAGUCAAGGACAAUUUCGGCGUUAGUCUGCAGAACAUCGACGUCUUCAUGGCACCGGUCUUCAAGGAAUUCGCCACGACGGUUAUACUCACCGCUCGGGGAAAUUUAGCCGCGAAGGAGAUCAAGUACGACGCGAUGGAGAUGCAGGUGAACAACAUGACUCUGAGAUUCCCCAGGCAACUCUUCAUCGACGGCGAGUUCGUUAACGGCCACGGUAAUCCUGUCAACACGAUAAAUCCUCACGACGAAAGCGUAAUCUGCUCGGUAGAAAGCGGAAAUGCCGACGAUGUCGAUCGAGCCGUCAGAGCCGCCAAAAAAGCCUUUGAGGAGGGUGAAUGGGGCAAAAUUAGUGCCAGGGAGCGUGGAGCUUUAUUGUUCAAAUUGGCGGAUUUGAUGGAAGAGCACAAGGAAGAACUGGCUACUCUGGAGACUCUGGACUCUGGCGCGGUUUAUACUCUCGCUCUGAAAACCCACGUAGGCAUGUCUAUUGAGACCUGGCGCUACUUCGCCGGCUGGUGCGACAAGAUUCAAGGUUCAACCAUACCCAUCUCGCAUGCCCGUCCGAACCGGAAUCUUACAUUCACGCGGCGUGAACCGAUCGGCGUUUGUGGCCUGGUCACUCCGUGGAACUACCCGCUGAUGAUGCUGUCGUGGAAGAUGGCGGCCUGCCUAGCGGCCGGCAACACCGUGGUAAUGAAACCGGCUCAGGCAUCACCCCUAACAGCCUUGAAAUUCGCCGAACUGUCCGCACGUGCUGGAAUUCCACCCGGAGUCAUUAAUAUCGUCUGCGGAGUCGGCAGUGCCGUCGGAAACGCUAUAGUGGGGCAUCCGUUGAUCAGAAAGCUGGGCUUCACCGGCUCCACGCAGAUCGGUCAAACCAUCAUGAGAUGUUGUGCCGAUAGUAACCUGAAGAAAGUGUCAUUGGAGCUUGGUGGUAAAAGUCCCCUCGUCAUCUUCGAAGACGCAGACAUGCAACAAGCGGUCAGGAUCGGCAUGGGCAGUGUGUUCUUCAAUAAAGGAGAAAACUGCAUCGCCGCCGGCCGACUUUUUGUUGAGGAGACUAUUCAUGACGAGUUCGUGAGACGUGUGGUUGACGAGAUAAAGAAGAUUACCAUCGGUAAUCCGCUGGAGAGAAGCACGGCUCACGGGCCGCAGAAUCACAAGGCUCAUUUGGACAAACUCCUCGAGUUCGUGCAGAGCGGAGUCGAAGAGGGCGCGAAGUUGGUCUACGGCGGCAAAAGGUUGAAUCGUCCCGGCUGGUACUUUGAACCGACCGUAUUCACGGAAGUCGAGGACAACAUGUACAUUGCCAAGGAAGAAUCUUUUGGUCCAGUAAUGGUGAUCUCCAAAUUCAGCUCGAAGAACAUCGAUCAGAUGAUCGCGCGGGCAAACAACACCGAAUUUGGUCUGGCCUCGGGGGUUCUUACCAAGGACAUCAGCAGGGCGCUCAGAUUUGCAGAGAAAAUCGAGGCUGGCACAGUAUUCAUCAACACGUACAACAAGACGGAUGUAGCAGCACCGUUCGGCGGCUUCAAGAUGUCUGGAUUCGGCAAGGAUUUGGGACAGGAGGCUCUUAACGAAUAUCUCAAGACGAAGACGGUUACCGUUGAGUACUAACGAUCAUUAUCCGAGAACAUUGUAAUAUAUGGUAUCAUGGAUGUGUACACUCUAAAUUUCUUGCAGUGAAAUCUCACUCCAAGAGAGUGAAAAUACAAUCACCUUUGAAAAUAAGU